CGCGCCGCGCUUCGCCCCGCCCCGCCGCUCGGAGCCUCUCAGCUGACCGCCACACCGCCACUUCCUCCGACUUCCACUCCGGCCGUGUUCAAGUCCCCGUCAGUCCGCGCCGCGUCGUCCCCGCGACACGACACCUCGCCGAGCACCUCGCCGACCACCUGGAGGCAGCCCGAGGCAGCCAGCGCCGCCCCGCCGUCGUCUGCUACACUGCACACACUCAACCACAAAUGGAGGUGAACGAAUUCAAGGACAUGGCCAAGGAGAUGGUGGACUACAUCGGCAACUACCUGGAGAACAUACGUGAUCGGCAGGUGCUGCCGUCCGUGCAACCGGGCUACCUGCGGCCCCUCAUCCCGGCCGAGGCCCCCGAGUCGCCGGACUCCUGGCCCGAGGUGAUGGCGGACAUCGAGCGCGUCAUCAUGCCCGGCGUGACGCACUGGCACUCUCCGCGCUUCCACGCCUACUUCCCCACCGCCAACUCGUACCCCGCCAUCGUGGCCGACAUGCUGAGCGGCGCCAUCGCCUGCAUCGGCUUCACCUGGAUCGCCAGCCCGGCCUGCACCGAGCUGGAGGUGGUGAUGCUGGACUGGCUGGGCAAGAUGCUGGACCUGCCGCCCGAGUUCCUGGCCUGCAGCGGCGGCAAGGGCGGCGGCGUGAUCCAGGGCACGGCCAGCGAGGCCACGCUCGUCGCCCUGCUCGGCGCCAAGGCCCGCGCGCUGCGCAACGCCAAGAAGGAGCGCCCCGAGCUCGCCGAGUCCGACAUCGUCUCCAAGCUCGUGGGCUACGCGUCGGACCAGGCCCACUCGUCGGUGGAGCGCGCCGGGCUCCUGGGCGGCGUCCGCCUGCGCCUGCUGCCCGCCGACGACAACUACGCCCUGCGCGGGGACACGCUGAAGAAGGCCAUCGAGGAGGACCGCGCCGCCGGCCUAAUCCCGUUCUACGCCGUGGCCACGCUCGGCACCACCUGCACCUGCGCCUUCGACAACCUGGAGGAGCUGGGCCGCGUCGCUGAGGAGGAGAAGGUGUGGCUGCACGUGGACGCCGCCUACGCCGGCUCGGCCUUCAUCUGCCCCGAGUUCCGGCACCUCAUGGCGGGCGUGCAGCGCGCCGACUCGUUCAACUUCAACCCCCACAAGUGGAUGCUCGUCAACUUCGACUGCUCGGCCAUGUGGCUGCGCGACCCCAGUGACGUCGUGGACGCCUUCAACGUGGACCCGCUGUACCUGAAGCACGACCAGCAGGGCUCUGCCCCGGACUACCGCCACUGGCAGAUUCCCCUGGGCCGGCGUUUCCGCGCGCUCAAGCUGUGGUUCGUGCUGCGGCUGUACGGCGUGGCCAACCUUCAGAAGCACAUCCGCGGCCAGGUGAAGCUGGCCAAGGAGUUCGAGGAGAUGGUGCGCGCCGACGACCGCUUCGAGGUGGUGGCCGAGGUCAUCUGCGGUCUCGUCUGCUUCAGGCUAAAGGGCGCGAGCAACGAGCCCUCCGAGGCGCUGCUGAAGCGCAUCAACGGCCACGGCAAGAUCCACCUGGUGCCGUCCAAGGUGCGCGACGUGUACUUCCUGCGCCUCGCGGUGUGCUCGCGCUACACCAACUCGGAGGACAUCCGCCAGUCGUGGGACGAGGUGCGGACGCAGGCGGACGAGCUGCUCGCCGCCAAGUAGACCAGCAGUACCUACACCGCGAGUACACCCGCCGCCCGCUCCGCCCCGCGGCUCUGCCCCGCACGACGCCGCGCCACGCCACGCCUCACUUCGCCGUCACCAUGUUGUAAAUAUGAUUUAACGCCCCAUCCUGUCGCUGCCGUCGCUGCUGUGCGGAACGUACCAUGUGAUCCCAGUGUCGAAUCAAACGUGAUUGCUCGUUUGAUGUUUUUGGUUUGCCAACUUUGCCUGUAUAGAAAAGACAAUAAGGAUGAUAAUAAAAAUGAAAAAAAGUUGUUGUAGAGUGUAGCUAAA